CCAAAAAACAAUAAACAAACUCCACCAUCUAACAUCAUCUCAUUUCUUCACACUAUGACCCCUCCACUCUACUUGAUCCUAUCUCUCUUCCUCCUCACAAUCCUUCCCAUUCUACACUCCUUACCAGCCAUACCAGACCCAACCACACAACCCCUCCAACCCUUCCUCCCCUCCUCUUCACCACCCUUAACCAUUCCAGCCAACCCCGAACAAUCCGACCUCACAGCCUGCCCUCUGCACCUCUCAGAUGACCUCUUUCGCGGCAUCCAAUCAGCUUGCACUGGCAAGCACAACAAGCAUUAUAAGUCCAGGUGCUGCCCUGCUCUAGCUGCAUGGCUUUACUCAGCUUACUCCACUGUUGCACUUGCCAAUGCUGGAAGAUCACUGCAGACAAUGUCGUAUGGUGAUCUUCCUCAGCUGCCCGAUGACUCGGAGACUUGUGUGGAUGCUCUGCAUAAAGGGCUUAAGACUAAAGGCAUUGAGCUGGUGAAGGUGAAUGAGACUUGUGAUGUAGUGUAUUGUUACUGUGGGAUCAGGUUGCAUCCCUUGACUUGUCCUUCUGCAUUUUCUGUUGAUGGGAAAAGUGGGAAAUUGGUGGGGGAUCAUAGUGUGCAUAGAUUGGAGAAGAAUUGUUUGAGGCAUGGUGUUAAUGGAUGUUCCAAUUGCCUGCAUUCCCUCUCUCUGCUCAAUGAGGAGAGAACGAGAAACACAACAGCUUCAGAGGAUAGAACCAGUAAAAUGAAGAAUAAAGAUUGUGACCUCAUGGGGCUGACAUGGCUCCUUGCCAAGAACCGAUCAGCCUACAUGCACACGGUUUCUGCAGUCUUUGGGGCCAUUAUGAAGACCACAGAUGGUCGAAACCCUCAGUCAUGCACACUGAGCAGUGACGGAAUGCCCUUGGCUGUCGAUUCUACUGAACUCAACAGCCAGUCUUCAGCAUCUCAUCUUCACUACCAAUUCUAUCUUUACAUCAUCACUAUGAUAAGUUUGUUGUACAAUAGCCUUGUUGCUUUAUAAUUUUAUCUACCAGAUGAUUAAGAAUACGGAAAUUGUAAUGGUAAUUGUAGCCAUUCAGUACAGUUAGUCUGGUAAAUUUGUAUUCUCAGUUCUAUAUAUAGGCAAGUGCCAGUGUAAUUCUUUUUUCUGCACAAUUAUUGUAGAUGUGAUAUUUGAUUUA